CCGGGGAAGAGGGAGGCUUUGUGCUGUAUUUUAAGCCCCGUUGAGGGUAAAUGAAGAGCAGGGAUUUCUCUGCAAUUGCAGCUCGGAUUUUUCUUCCCACCAAACCCGAUCUCCAGGCUAAGCAGCUCAGGCAGCAAAUUUGUGUAAGGAGAAACCCCAAAGGAGUUUGCUGCUCCAGCUGUGGGGAGGCUGGACCGAUCUUAAGUCUCCUGCAUUCCUGGACCGUUUGGGGAAGCUUGCCACCUGGUUUCAUUUAACAAAGUGGGCCAGUUUCUCUUUUCUUGGAGACAGGGAAGGGGCUUUUUUGUACUGACGUGUGGGGCUGGGGAUGCUGCUGGUUUCCAAUUCAGCACCAGCAUGUGCCCAGAAUAAUGCCAUUUUGAGAACUGAAACAAAACUGCAGCAGCUGUUUCUCUGUGAAAACCUUUCUCCCACUUCCUCCCCAUCUCCACACCAUUCAGCUUCUUGAAUCUGCUGGUACAGAGAGGAGGCAGACUGCGGGCUUCCAGGGCACUAAAAUAACAGCAAAUGGAAGAACGUGGGAUCCUCAGUGCAUAGUUUACCCUCUCCCUGUUGAGUCAAACAUGGAGACUUAAUGUUUAAUCUUUCUGGGAAUACAAACCCCUUUUCAUGCCUUCCCACCUCUAGCCCCCAACCUGGACUCUCCAGAUACUGUCAGUUUCUCCUUUGGCAGCUCUUGAGAAGGCAGAUCUAUUUUAAUAGCUACCUGUUUAGAUGUGCCAGCUGUAGCCUUUGAGGGGGUGGGAGUACAUCUUGGAGGGGGAGUGGAAGGAUGUAGCAUGAAUCUUAACCUCCCAGCUGCCUGUUCGGACUCGCAUUACUGGGUGGCAAGGAAGCUUUUGGAUGUUCCUGGCAGACCUUUGGUAUGCUCUGCUCCAGAGAAACUGUCUAUACUUAGGCACGUCUGCGGAGAUGCACCUGCUUUGCUGCUAACAGGUGUGUUGGGCACACAGCUCCCUCCAUCUUGCCUUUGAGAUUCCCUGCCAGUGAGGGAUGCUGUACAGCGUGAUGGACUUGGACCCAUAUGCAAGCAUGCAGGUCGGGAUGCGGGUGGUCCGCGGAAAUGACUGGAAAUGGGGCAAUCAGGACAACGGCGAAGGAAACGUUGGGACCGUGGUUGAGAUUGGCCGGCAAGGCAGCCCAACAACACCGGAUAGGACUGUGGUAGUCCAGUGGGAUCAAGGAACCAGAACCAAUUAUCGGACUGGAUUCCAAGGAGCCUAUGACCUUCUUCUGUACGAUAAUGCACAAAUAGGUGUGCGCCAUCCCAACAUCAUCUGCGAUUGUUGCAAGAAGCAUGGGAUCAGAGGCAUGCGGUGGAAGUGCAAGGUGUGCUUUGAUUAUGACUUGUGUACGCAGUGUUACAUGAACAACAAGCACGACACCUCACACUCCUUUGAGCGCUACGAGACUGCCCACUCACGACCAGUCACAGUGAGUCCACGACAGAACUUGCCUCGUAUCACGUUAAAAGGCACUUUCCAGGGGGCCAAAGUUGUCCGUGGCCCAGACUGGGAGUGGGGUAAUCAGGAUGGUGGUGAAGGUAAAACCGGGAGAGUGGUGGAUAUUCGUGGCUGGGAUGUGGAGACUGGCCGCAGCGUGGCCAGCGUCACAUGGUCUGAUGGCACCACAAACGUUUACAGAGUCGGGCACAAGGGAAAGGUGGACCUGAAAUGCAUUGUGGAAGCAUCUGGCAGCUUUUACUACAAAGAGCAUCUCCCGAGACUAGGAAAGCCUGCUGAACUGCAGAGGAAAGAGAGCACAGAGAGGCACCCCUUCCAGCAUGGGGACAAAGUGAAAUGCCUGCUGGACAUUGACAUCUUACGAGAGAUGCAAGAGGGGCAUGGUGGCUGGAACCCUAAAAUGGCUGAGUUCAUUGGCCAGACAGGCACUGUGCACAGAAUCACUGACAGAGGGGAUGUCAGAGUUCAAUUCAACAGUGAAACCCGCUGGACUUUCCACCCAGGCGCUCUGACUAAAACGCUAGGGCACAUUGGCAAGGUGAUCAAGGUGUUUGGGGAUGGAGACUUGAGAGUGUCUGUCGGAGGGCAGUCCUGGACCUUUAACCCAGCUUGUCUCACGGCCUACCAGAGAGACGAGGAUGCAAACCUCAUGACAACGGAGAACACCAAGGAAUCCAAAAGCACUUUGAUCUCCAUCCUAGAGAAGCUGCUGUGCCAGAAGAUGGAAUUGGAUCAUCCAGGGCGCUUGGUCGUUGAGGCGGCGCAUGGCAAUGCUGUUAAAGUCGAGGACCUGGUUCAAAAAUACCCAGACAAGGUUGAUAUAAAGAAUCAGGGCAGAACCGCACUGCAAGUUGCUGCCCACCUGGGCCGGGUGGAGGUUGUGAAGAUCUUACUGCAGGCGAAUGCCAACAUCGACCUGAGGGAUGAAGAGGGGGACGCAGCUCUCCAUUAUGCAGCUUUUGGGAAUCAAGCUGAGGUUGUCCAUGUGCUUGUCAGUCAAGGAGCCAAUGCAGACCUGCUGAACAAUGCCAAGUGCACAGCCUUCUAUGUCGCUGUCAGCAAAGGAUUCACGGAGAUCGUGCGGAUCCUUUGUGAGCACAACUGUGAUGUCAACCUCCCAGAUUCAUUUGAUGACACCCCCCUGCACUAUGCCAUCACCGCCGAUUUGAAAAACAUCAUCGAGAUCCUCACUGAGGUACCGAACCUAGAUUUCACAGUCCAGAACCGCCAAGGCUUCAACCUGUUGCACCAUGCUGCUCUGAAGGGCAACAAGCUAGCCAUAAAGAAGAUUCUGGCAAGAGCCCGGCAGUUGGUUGAUGCUAAAAAGGAAGAUGGCUUCACCGCCCUGCAUCUUGCUGCCCUCAAUAACCACAUGGAAGUAGCAGAAAUUUUAAUCAGAGAGGGUCGCUGUGAUGUCAACCUCAGGAACAGCCGGAACCAGACUCCCCUGCACCUGGCAGUCACCCAGGGGCACAUGGACUUGGUGCAGCUGCUGGUACGCGAAGGCAGCGAUGUCAACGCCGAGGAUGAGGAUGGAGACACAGCCAUGCACAUUGUCUUAGAACGGCAACAACUGAUGUCAAUCAUGGCAGAGGAACAGGAAGGUGGGGAGGGACCAUCCCUCUUUUCCAAGCUUCAGGCUUCCGGCUUCCUUGGAAAUGUAGAGCUGAAUGUUGGUGCUGCGAUUGCGUGUUACCUAGCACAGGAAGGAGCAGAUAUUAAUUACGCCAACCACAGGGGAAAGUCUCCCCUGGAUCUCAUUGCAGAUGGAAGGAUAGUCCAGAUGAUCAAGAACUUUUCCCAGAAAUUCAGGGAUGAGCAGAUUUCUUCAGACAGCUCUGUGGUGACCUACAGCCUGCGCAGAGUGCAGACCACCCCCAACACAAUGACCAACCUCAGCGUGGCCAGCAUGUUGGCCCCUUCCGAAUGCCUGGUUUGUUCUGAGCUAGCUUUGCUCAUUCACUUCAUCCCAUGUCAGCACAGAAUCGUGUGUGAAGAAUGUUCCAGGAGGAUGAAGAAGUGCAUCAAAUGUCAAGUGACAAUAACCAAAAAACUCAAGCAAGACAGCACGGAAGUGGAAUGCAGCCCCAGCGCCGAGUCCACUGACCAGCGGAAGCUGAUGGAGGAGCUGCAGAGCCGCUACCGCCAGAUGGAGGAGCGCAUCACCUGCCCUAUCUGCAUUGACAACCAAAUCAAACUGGUCUUCCAGUGCGGACAUGGCUCCUGCCUUGAGUGCAGCGAGGCCCUGACUGUCUGCCCCAUCUGCAGGCAGGCUAUCCGGGACAGGAUUCAGAUCUUCGUCUGAGGAUCUGCGCCCUCCCCUCCCACUCCUACCUUCCUUCCUCCCUUUGUGUGUCCAUUUAGUUGAGAAUCAUGACCCAUCCACUGUGUUUGUCUGACUGUGAAGCCAUCCUGAAAGGGGGAAAGUGAAUCACAAGAGUCAGUCGUGGGGGAUAUGCUCUCCCCGUAAUGAGAGCGAGCCACCAAGCUUGUGGGGAACCAGCCCUCCCGCCCUGUGCUCCUUUCCCAGCAUGGACGGCACCAGGUGGAUUGCUGACCGGAUGCCACCAUGCUCUGUGCUGACAACUGGAGGGGCUACAAAAUCAGCACCUGGAAAGAGUGCUUUCAUGUACAGACGUUUCAAAGGCUGUCCCGCUCUUGCCUAGUUCCCUGCAGCGUCUGAUUCGCAGCCUGACACAGCUCUGGCAGGACAGGCUGCGGCCCACUCCUUCUCAUCGCCGGCAGGCUGUGGCAAAGCAAUACUCUCGCACUUUACAUAAGGCGCUAUCCGGUGGGAUCGGGCACUGCCCCUGGCUCUCCUGCAGGGUUGUCAGUUGUGGAGGAUGCUAGUUAGCCAAUGUGCUCUCAGAACCAAGCCUUUGGGGCGUGACAAGGUACUUGGAUUUGAGCAGGUAGGAGGAGUCUGGAACUGACACGUUCCCAGAGAGAGACAGAGCGUGUGCCUUAGAGAUAAAGUAGUGAACAUUUACUGAAGAAAAUAUUGUUGCAGCACGUAUUUUUGACCUCUAAGUGAAACUCUUCUGCCAGCAAUCUACCUUUUUUUUUUGCAGCCAUAAUUCCAGAGACUCUUGAACUUUUAACUCAUAAUGCCAAAGGCUGGUGUCAAAUAUUCCAACCAAAAUGUAAAAAAAUAAAAUAAAAUACGACUAAGGCAGAGAAGAGGAAA